CCUCCGAUCUUUGCUCUCUUCUUGUUAACCAAAGCAAGGAUAUCAGAGAUGGCAACUGUGACAACGUCAAACUUUGUACCAGGCACUUCACAUGUGAAUGGAGCUUCAGGAUCAGAAGCCAGAACAAAAUUGGGACAGAUGGGUCUGUGGAACCAAUCAAUGACUCACAAUGGGUUAAAAUCUUUGAGCAACUUGGAUAUGCUUCGAAUCCGAACCCGUCCCAAUGCAUUUUCUAUGCAAGUCAUGAGAAAAGCUGCCAGUGAUAUUGGAUCUGAGGGGAGGAUUGUCUGUGGUCAUGGAAUGAACUUGGUAUUUGUUGGAGCUGAAGUUGGUCCAUGGAGCAAAACCGGUGGUCUUGGUGAUGUUCUUGGAGGUCUCCCACCAGCUAUGGCGGCUAAUGGCCACCGUGUUAUGACGGUGUCUCCUCGCUAUGAUCAAUACAAAGAUGCAUGGGACACCAAUGUACUAGUUGAGAUAGAAAUUGGUGGCAGAGUUGAACCUGUCCGAUUCUUCCACUGCUACAAACGCGGGGUUGAUCGUGUAUUUGUCGAUCAUCCAUGGUUCCUUGAGAAGGUAUGGGGUAAAACAGGAUCCAAGAUCUAUGGUCCUAAGGCAGGAACGGAUUACAAGGACAACCAACUACGCUUCAUCUUGUUGUGCCAGGCUGCGCUGGAGGCACCGAGGGUUCUCAAUUUGAACAGCAACGAAUACUUCUCUGGACCUUAUGGAGAAGAUGUUGUAUUCAUUUGCAAUGAUUGGCACACUGCUCUUCUUCCUUGCUUCUUAAAAACCAUCUACAAACCAAUGGGGAUUUACACAAGUGCCAAGGUUGCAUUUUGCAUCCACAAUAUAGCUUACCAGGGGAGAUUUGGUAUGGAGGACUUUGAACUCCUUGAUUUACCUGACCAACUUAAGGGUUCUUUCGACUUCAUUGAUGGGUAUAACAAGCCUGUUAAGGGAAGAAAAAUCAACUGGAUGAAAGCUGGAAUAUUGGAAUCGGACAGGGUAGUUACUGUUAGCCCUUACUAUGCCCAGGAACUUAUUUCUGGAGAAGACAAAGGUGUGGAAUUAGAUAACAUUAUUCGUAAGACUGGAAUCACUGGAAUUGUGAAUGGCAUGGAUGUUCAAGAGUGGAAUCCAGCCACAGACAAACACUUACAUGUCAACUAUGAUGAAACAACUGUACUGGAUGCAAAGCCACUUUUGAAGGAGGCCCUUCAAGCCGAAGUUGGGCUUCCAGUUGACAAGGACAUCCCAUUGAUAGGAUUCAUCGGUAGGCUAGAGGAGCAGAAAGGUUCGGAUAUUCUAGUGGAAGCCAUUCCAGAACUAGCUGGAGAGAAUUUGCAAAUAAUAGUCCUUGGAACUGGCAAAAAGGACCUGGAGAAGCAGAUCGAACAGCUAGAGACCAAAUAUCCGGGAACCGCUGUAGGUGUGGUGAAAUUCAAUGUUCCAUUAGCCCACAUGAUUAUUGGUGGUGCUGAUUUCAUGUUGAUCCCAAGUAGAUUUGAACCAUGUGGACUCAUUCAGUUGCAUGCAAUGAGAUAUGGAACAGUUCCUAUUGUCGCUUCAACUGGUGGACUUGUCGACACUGUCAAGGAAGGUUUUACAGGAUUUCAAAUGGGAGGUUUCAAUGUUGAUUGCGACGAAGUUGAUCCAGCAGAUGUACUUGCAAUAUCUACUACAGUGAGGAGAGCUGUUACAAGCUGUGGUACCUCUGCCAUGAAAGAAAUGAUCCAGAAUUGCAUGGCACAAGAUCUUUCCUGGAAGGAACCUUCAAAACAAUGGGAAAAGAUGCUGUUGAGCCUGGAAGUUGCUGGCGGGGAACCUGGCUUCGAAGGGGAAGAGAUUGCUCCUCUUGCAAAGGAAAAUGUGGCCACUCCCUGAGCAUUAGGUUCUAUCAGCUUAUAAGUAUAUUCCUAAAUCCUAAUUGCUGCUUCACUGGUGGUAAUUAAGUUAUUGUCUUAAGCUUUGAGCUCUGAGUGAGCGAGUGAUGUGUACUUGGUGAUCAGCUUUUCUACAAUCAGUUAUGACUGUGAGGAGGAAUGAUGUGUAUAAAGUAAUGAAUCAGUUCCUGCGUGUCUUAAUGUAGGUAUUGCUAAUAAAUAAAUUAUGUGUGGCUUCUUGCAUAAUAUUUGGAGCUGUUAAACAUUGAAACAUUCUACAGUGCACGACUUGAUAUAUUG